AUGCCAAGAGAAAUUAUAACAUUACAAGCAGGUCAAUGUGGAAAUCAAAUUGGAUCAGAGUUUUGGAAACAAUUAUGUACGGAACAUGGAAUUAGUCCGGAUGGAUAUUUAAUGGAUGAUGUACAAGCAGGUAUCGAUAGAAAGGAUGUGUUCUUUUAUCAGUCAGACGACGAUCACUAUGUACCACGUGCACUACUUCUCGAUUUAGAGCCUGGUGUCAUCAACAGCAUUAAAACAUCAAGCUAUCAUAAUCUAUAUAACAAUGAGAAUAUCUAUGUAUCGCCAGCCGGUAGCGGUGCAGGUAACAACUGGGCAUCCGGUUACAAUCAAGCCGAGAAAGUACACGAAACCAUCUUUGACAUGAUCGAUCGUGAAGCCGAUGGAAGUGAUUCGCUCGAAGGUUUCAUGUUGUGUCACUCGAUUUCCGGUGGCACUGGAAGUGGUAUGGGAUCGCUGCUACUCGAAAAGCUGGCUGAUCGCUACCCAAAGAAACUGGUUCAAACCUACUCAGUGUUUCCAGAUCCUGGCGGUAUCGUAGUGCAGUCGUACAACUCGCUUCUCACGCUUGCGCGUCUGACAAACUAUGUCGAUAGCACCGUUGUUCUCGACAAUAUUGCACUGAAUCGUAUUUGCUCGGAGCAUUUACACAUCGACGCACCAACCGUCAAUCAGAUGAAUUCGCUCGUCUCUACAGUGAUGUCUGCCUCGACUACCACACUGAGAUAUCCUGGAUACAUGAAUAACGAUCUCGUCGGUAUGUUGGCGUCGUUGAUUCCAACACCCCGAUGCCAUUUCCUCAUUACUGGAUACACUCCGCUCACUGUCGAGCGUCAGUCGGAAUCGGUGCGAAAGACAUCGGUGCUCGAUGUGAUGCGUCGUCUGCUGCAGCAACAGAACAUCAUGGUUUCGUCGCCGUACAAGAGCGGCAAGUACAUAUCGUGUCUCAACAUCAUCCAAGGUGAAGUCGAUCCCACACAAGUACACAACAGUCUGCAGCGUAUUCGUGAGAGAAAGCUAGUAAAUUUUAUCAAUUGGGGACCGGCAUCCAUACAAGUUGCACUCACAAAGAAAUCACCAUUUAUACAAUCAUCUCAUAAAGUUAGUGGAUUAAUGUUGGCCAAUCAUACAUCUGUAUAUCAUGUAUGUAGUAGUAUCGACGAAUAUGAGAAACUAAGAAAGAAGAAUGCAUUUAUACAAAACUAUUCAAAAGAAUAUAGUAAUAUAUUGGAUGAAUUUAAUCAAUCAAGGGAUUCUGUUCAAUCAUUGAUAGAUGAAUACAAAGCAUCAGAGAGUUCAAACUACAUAAACUAUGCAAUGGAGAAAGAUUUGAUACAACAAAAUCUAAUGAUGCUAUUUUCAACAAAAGAUAUCUUUAAGGAAGAUAACAAUAAUAAAUUAUUUGAAAAUAUUGAUAUUCCUUCAAAAAUAAUUGACAUCAAUAAAGCAAAUGGAGUUUACCUUUUAUUUUAUUCUCAAACAAUCAACUCCAAAAUUACUUCGAAUAGUCAUUAUUCAAUAGUUAUAGAUCCUAUGGGAGUCACCUCAAAAUCCAAACACUGUAAACCCACCUGUUGGAAUAGAGUUUCUCUUGGUAAUGGUAGAACCAAAUUUGGAGUUCGUAGACUUCCUCCAAACUAUUCGAGCAAAAUAUUGAUCUCAAUUUACUAUCUUGGAAAAUCAAUUCAUGAUUUAUUUAGUACCCCCAGGAACUCAUAUAGUUAUGUGGGCUUUGCUAAUUAUAGUUUUGCAAUGCUUAUUGAAACUGAGGGCCAAAAAAACAAGAUUUGGAAUUCCAAGUCAAUUGCCAAAGAUAUUGCAAAGUUUCUUUCACAAGAAUUACGUGGAUUGGCGAGAAUCUUUACCUAUAUCAAACUAUUAAACUAUAGAUAUGAAAAUGCCAGUAUAAAAAAGCAACAACCAAAGAAUAGACCAACGGAUAUCUUCAAUUUUGAUAAAAGUAAUAAAAUAUCCUAUACAAGAAAUGAAUCAUCGACAAGACACGAAGAAAUAAAUAUUCUACCUUGGAAAUUGAAUCUAUUGGCAGUUAGCAAUAGAGAAAAGAAAAUAUUCAUUGCUGAAUCACAAAACAUUGGUGUAUAUGAUCUUGAUAACCCAACAACAUUAAUAGAGACACUUCAUCUAGAUAAUAACAAUAUAAAGAUUGGAAUAACUUGUGGUCAAGAGAUAUUGGUUACUGUAGAUGACGAAGGUUAUAUUAGAGUGAUUUUCGUUGAUGAUUUAACAAGACUACCCUUACGUUUCUUUAAUGGAUCAUCUACAUGGGGAAUUACAAUAUGUCAGAGUAAACCAAUGAUUGCUGUGAGUUCCAACAACUUUAAGAUAACUGUUUGGGAUCUGUCGUUGGGAGAGGAAGCACAUUACUAUAGGAAAACACUGCAAGGACAUCGACAUAACAUACCUUGUGUUGAUUUUAGUAGUUGUGGAAACUACUUGGUUUCAAUAUCGAUAGACAAACUCGUUAGAAUAUGGGAUGUAAACAGCCAACAGACCAUUACAAUGCUGAAGCUAUCGCAGUGGGGAUGGGGUUGCAGGUGGAUCGAGCUCGAUAGUUUAGAUACAGACACUCGAUAUGCUGUCAGCGAAGAAGAUCAGCUUGCAUUCCAUCGCGACAAUUGGCGAGGUAUAACAAGAGAACAAGAGCAGCAAGAAGUACAAGAAGCUGCUGCAGAAGUACAACCACAAGUACCACUUCCACCAAUGAACGAUGCACAACAAGAAGAGGUAGAGGAAGUAGAACAACCAAUAGAACAAGAACAACCUCAAGAAGAAACAAAUGUAAAUUUAGGUGAUGAGAGUCAGGUUGAAGAUGAAGAAGAAGCAGAAGGUGAAGAGGGUAAUGAUAUGGAUUACGACGAUAUAGAUAUUCAAUAUAUAUUAGAGAAAAACAAGAAACUUAUGGAAGAAGUACUUGCACAAAAUCAACAGGUUCGAUUCAAUUUGAUCAACUCAUUGGUCGAUUCGAAUAAGAGUCAAAGACCACCUAGUCAUCUGGUAUUCUCGUGCUUUCACAAUCUAUACUUUUCCAGCUCGUCACUAGAGGAAGCAAUCACCAUUACCAAUCCAUCACCGACACUAUUCCCGAUUGCACAAUCACAAAUCGAAAGAGUUUCAAUGUUGGAAGUCAUCCCCGAACUCUCUAUCUGUAUAGCUGCAUCUCAAGGACCCGCUCGUCAGAUUGCUCUCUUCAAAAUAAAAAAGAUCGACCGUAAUUCAACUAUAAAUAUUAAUAAAUUAAAGAAUAAUAAUAAUAACAGUAAAAAUAAUAAUAAUAACAAUAAUAAUAGUAAAGAAAACAAUAAUAAUAAUGACAAUGAUGACGAUUUAGAUGAAGAAAAAGAAGAAGAAGAUGGAGAUUGUAAAGAAAUGAGAUUAGGAUACACUAUGGAAUUCGAACAGAUUAUAACAUCGGAUGACGGUCCCUCCAUUAUCGUUGGUAUGAGCAUCGCAAGGAAUCACUCAAACAAUCCAUCGCUAUUCAGUGUUUCACUCUAUGUUUUAUAUAUUAACGGUGUCUUUUGUAAAUAUACAAUACAAAGAAAAGAUAAUAGUUCUUCAUCGUUUGAUAUAUCCGAUUGUUAUAUUUGA